AUGCGGCGUGUAAGCAUCGUGGUCUUGCUGGGAGCUGCCGAAUUUGUACUUGUACAAGUUCAAGAUCCCGAGGAUCUGCUCGUAGACUACGACUGUGUUCGGCCUCGGAAGAACAGCUUGCUUGACUGGUCUGGCUGGCUCCAGAAGCUACAGCAGCCCCGGGGGGAGGGAUGGAUGGCCGUAUCCCGCGAACCCUUGUCGCUCCUCAACAAUGAGAAGAACCGACAGCAGGCCAUUGAGGAAUGUCCUCUUGGGCUGCUGAUGGGCGACGUCCUGCAGAUGCUGGCCUGUUUCGACAAGCGGCAUCCAUGCGCCGGUACCUUUGAGAGCUUGGUGCGGGAGGGCAUGGCAUUCUUUGGGCUGCGAGUGCUCAUGGGCACGCGCUGGCCCAUUUACGAAACCUUGCAUUCAGACGUGUGGCGCCGACUGGCGAGGGAAGAUGCAGACCUGGCCUGCGAAGACCCCGAGAAGCGCAUCUUGAACUGGGGAAGAUUCAAGCGAGUCUUCGACUUGGAGGAUUGGUAUCAGUCGGCCGUGGACAUCGCCUAUGGGCCCGAGUUGGAAGUCAGUUGGAGGGAGGCAGCCUUGGAAUGCCCCCUGGGCUUUGCGACCGCGAAUCUGAUCAAGGCCAUGCUCUGCUCCCACACGGAGUCCGUCUGCUUCCGGGCGCACGAGACGAUGCUCUCGGCGGUGCUGCAAGAUGUCCCGCUGCAGCGUGUGGCUGGUAGCGGGUGGCCGCUCUUGCAUUUGCUGGGCCAUGUCUCUCGGGUCGUGAGGCGUCACAGAUUUCAGCUGGACUUCACGCCUGGCGAGUUGCUCCUGAGGCCCAACGCAGGCAGAGUUCAACGAGAGGCAGCCGCGUCCUCGUCAAUGCAGGACCUUCAGGCCAUCAUCCCCAAGCUUCGCGAAGCCGCGGAUCAAACUGCCACUAGGUUUGCCUUCAGAGGUGCGCUCUCGCUGCGGUUAAUCUACGCGACAAUGGCACAUGGCCCUCGCUUCAGUCCCUACGUGAGCCGCUUCAUCGGUCGGGCAUCUGCGCUUGGGAUCGGGGACGAGCUGGUCGUGUUCUGCCUGGACGAGGAGGCCUUGGCCAGCUGUCGAGCUGUGCAGGGGCACUGCGUUCGAGGAACGCCUUCGAUACUGAACAAGUUCACCUUACCGCUGGUGUUGUUGCAACACGACUUCGAUGUCAUGUGGUUGGAUCUGGACGUUUUCCUGUUCCAAUCACCCAUGACGCCUGUAAUCCGGCAACUGCGGGAGAACACGGCGCUGGAGCUGCUGAUCUCCGGCUCGUUUGCUGUGGAUUGCAUUUGUAGUGGCAUUGUUCUUUUUCGGUCGACGGAGUCUGUACGAUCCUGGUUGGCCCAACUGCUGGUAUGGAUGUACGAGCAUCCUUAUGAGCAUGACCAGAAAGCUUUCAGCGCCUUUUUGCGCGCGGGGGAAAGAGUGGCGUUCGAAAGCGAGUUGCCAGUGCCCCCAGAGAAAGUGCCCAAAUGGGAUUUCCUGGACCCGGAGACCGAGUUUGUCUCCGCACGACACGUGGAUGUGGCUGGCUGGACAGGCGAUCCUGACAAGAUCAUUGCGUUUCACCUUCUUCACGGUGACAGUGAUGAUGCUGAUGCCAGUCGACAGUUUGCAGCUCGGCACGGCCUCGGCAUAGGCUACGAACCUUUGUUGGACCUGUUCUUCAAUCGCACUGACUUUCCGGAGCUGUACAAGACCCCAGUGCUGCCUCAUCGUUUGUCGCCCGAGCUGCGGGAUGCGCUAUGGAGGUCGCGCUGGCCAGCCCCCAGGCCAAAGUCUCCUGCGAGGUGCAACGAGACGGUGCCCAUGAGAUUUUGA